UAGUUUAUAUUUAGAAAUAAAAAAAAAAGAGACUAAGACGAAAUAAAACAAAGAACAGAAAACAAAGGGGUUAAGUGAUACAAGUCGGUUUUUUUAGUCUAUCUAUUUAAGGGGGGAUCAUAUGAAAAAGAUGACCGAUUCUUUCGUUUCCUUGGGUCACUGGCCAUCUGCCGGGAGUUUCGGGUUUAAUACCGAUAUUUUAGCAACAAAUCCAAUAAAUCUAAGUGUAGUACUUAAUGUAUUGAUUUUUUUUGGAAAGGGAGUGUAUAAUCUACUUUCAUUAAGUGAUUUAUUAGAUAAUCGAAAACAGAGGAUUGUGAAUACUAUUCGAAAUUCCGAAGAACUACGCGGAAGGGCUAUCGAACAACUGGAAAAAGCCCGGGCUCGCCUACGUAAAGUAGAAAUGGAAGCAGAUCAGUUUCGAGCGAAUGGAUACUCUGAGAUAGAACGAGAAAAAUUCAAUUUGAUUAAUUCAACUUAUAAGACUUUGGAACAAUUAGAAAAUUACAAAAAUGAAACUAUCCAUUUUGAACAACAAAGGGUGAUUCAUCAAGUUCAGCAGUGGGUUUUCCAACAAGUCUUACAAGGAGCUUUAGGAACUCUGAAUAGUUGUUUGAACAACAAAUUACAUUUACGUACUAUCAGUGCCAAUAUUGGCAUGUUUGGGUCGAUAAAAGAAAUAAUCAAUUAA